CAAAUCUGCAAUUCUUCACGGGCGCAGCGACCUACAGGUCCCUGUUCUUCAAGCCGCACCUACCCCCGCUUGCCCACUCCACCACCAUCUCCAGCCGCGACUCGCGAGCUCACCACCUACGCCCCCCUUACCUACCCCACCGUCCGCAGCUGGAGAUCCCCUGCCCCUCCCUCCUUAGUCUUCCUUACACACCCGCGAACCACCCAUUGUCUCUCUCACUCCUCACCACGCGAACCGAUACACGCGCGCAGGGUAGAGAGAGAACCUUCAGUUCAAUACCUGAUGGCUCAGCAGCGACCGAACCCUGAGGAGGUGGUCCUCGGGCAGGAGAUCGGCGGCGCGAGAGUGAUCUCACUGAACCGCCCGCGCCAGCUCAACGGCAUCUCCGAUAGAGUGGUCUAUCUCCUCGCCCAGUUCUUGGAGAAGUGGGAGGAAGAUGACUGCGCCAAACUGGUCAUUUUUAAGGGAGCUGGACGUGCAUUUUCUGCUGGUGGGGACCUAAAGAUGUUCUAUGAAGGGAAAUCAGAUGAUUCCUGCCUCGAGGUUGUGUAUAGGAUGUACUGGCUCUGCUAUCACAUUCAUACGUACAAGAAAACUACGGUAGCUCUUGUUAAUGGACUUGUCAUGGGUGGAGGUGCUGCUAUGGUUGCUCCAUUGAAGUUUGCAGUUGUCACUGAGAAAACAAUUUUUGCUACUCCCGAAGCAAGUGUUGGAUUGCACACAGAUUGUAGCUUUUCCUACAUCUAUUCUCGUCUCCCUGGAUAUUUAGGGGAGUACCUGGCUUUAACUGGUGCUAGGUUGAAUGCAAAGGAAAUGAUUUCUGCCGGCCUUGCUACUCAUUUUGUUCCUUCUGAAAAAUUGGAGGAACUCGAGAAACGUUUACUGAAUAUAAACACAGGUGAUGAAUCUGCAGUUCGAGCUGUCAUUGAAGAAUUAUCUACAGACGUUCAAUCUGAUGAAGAGAGUAUUUUGAACAAGCUCCCAACCAUCAACAAAUGUUUCUCUGCUGAGACUGUUGAGGAUAUCAUAAAGGCAUUUGAAUCAGAAGCAAGCACUGACGGAAACCAAUGGAUAGCUCCAGUCCUGAAGGGUAUGAGAAGAUCAUCUCCUACUGCGUUGAAGAUCACUCUGAGAUCGAUUAGAGAAGGGCGAAAACAGAGUUUGCCUGAAUGUUUGAAGAAGGAAUUCAGGCUUACAAUGAAUAUUCUCCGAUCUGUUGUCACUGGUGAUGUAUAUGAGGGCAUCAGAGCUCUUAGUAUCGACAAAGACAAUGCCCCAAAGUGGAGUCCUGCUACCCUUGAGGAGGUGAAGAACGAGGACAUUGACCGUGUGUUCCAGCCGUUCAGUUCAGAGCAGGAGCUCCAUGUCCCAUCUGACGACUCCAACAGGUGGAAUGGCAAAUAUGAGAACACAGUCUAUGCCAGAGCCACGCAGUAACUGCAUACAGAUACCGGCCUUUGCAUCUUGGCAGCCCGGACGAUUCCUUCUCAUCACGGCAUAACGGAAGGGUUUUAGUUUGUGACACGCAUGUCGAGUGUUUAUGUAGUGUUCAACCGGUGCAACAAUGCCUGAACAGCUGAAAAAAUUACACAAUGACACGAAGAAAUAAAGCAUAUGGAGUUUGAUCACA